CCCGGGUCAUAGUAACCUUUUGCCAACUCCCAGCUGUCUGUCAAAGCCUAGCCCUAAGGCCGGAAACGUUUCCAGUCAUUCCUGCUAGAAACCUUGUGCCGAGCACACAUCCCCCUCCAAAAAAAAGUACUGCCUUCCAGAAGCCUUUCAACAAGCAACUAAACCGCACUAUCAUAGUCCUUUGACAAUGACCAAGAUGAAUUUAUUCCUGAUUUUUGGUUGUGUCAUCAUGGCCUUGAUGCAGCCACAGCCCGGCCAGUGCCUGAGAAUGAAGCGUUCUCAGACUGGAACCACAAGCAACCAAACCACUGCCGCUUUUGCCACAGAGCCACCGAAAGUCGAGUCCACUACAGUGGUUGCUUUGAACUCAACCACUACCACCAUCAGAGCCAAGGACGAAAACUGCACUACCUCGAAGACAACCACAGUGGUCCCGAUCGAUAUCACUCUUACUGAGAAGCCCAAGGCACCUGGAAAGGGGGAUCCAGUGGAGCUGCGUCGUGCCAAGCGCCGCAUGGAGCUGGAUGAGCCACGCAAGCCGCACCACAAGCACCGCCACCAGGGAGUGGCAGACCCAGUCGCCGCCACACAAUCGCAUUCCACCCCAAUUGUUGCCCCCCUGGCUGCGCCGAUGCCCCCAUCUCAGGCCCCACCGCCCUUUGUCUAUUACAACAAGAUGAUCUCGCCGGACGGCAAGCACGAGGUCAAGGAAUUCGAGCUGCUGGCCCCCAACAUGGUGAUCGAGAGUGUCCAACAGGAACUGAACUAUGGACCGGAGAUGCUGCCGCCGGAGCUGGCCGGUGUGCUGUUGCUGAAUGCAGCAGAUAACGUACCACACGCCCACUCGGGCGGCUCGAAGCACCACCACAAGCACAAGUCCUCGCCGGCCCUGCCGCCCAUGCUCUACAUGUUGCAGCAACUUUUGCAGCCGACCUUUGAGGGCAACAGCGUUGUGGAGCCACCGAAGGAACCACGUCAUAGGAUGAACUCGCCCCUGUACCAGUUCCUUGACGGAGCCAUGGACUUGCGCAACAACCAGGAUCUGGUCCUGGAGCACCUUCUGGGGGACCACCUGGAACUCGAGCACGAGAAAGAUAUGGAACCAAAGAGAAAUGCUAAGGAUAAGAAUGGAAAGAAGAACAAGGAGGCAUCCAAGCAGGACCUGUUCAUCCCGAACGAGCCGCAGGACGAGCUGCUGGUCAGCUGCCCCAUUCACCAUGAAAUUCAUCCGAACCGUAAUGGAGAGAUGGUCGACGACGAGGUGGUUCUGGUUAACGAAUGUCAUGUGGUCUAGGUUAGGGAGGGUUAUACUAUGGGUUAUAUAGGGUUUUCGCCAUUAGACAAUUUUUUUUUCGAUCAAAGGUUUCUCUAAAUUGUUAGGUUUUCUUCAGUUACACCUCGACAAGAAUUAUGAACACCAUUAGGCACGCUUAGGCUUAAAUUGUUAACCAUAUUGAUGUUGAAGUUCUCCAUUUUCAUUUUCUAGUUUUUCAUGUACACAACUUUUGGAGGGGAUUUAUAAGUAAUAAAAAUAACAAACACACAA